AAGGUACCGACAUAACAUAUAGGUACUAUAAGAGGGGCCCGAACACCGGCCGAGCGCACCCGAGUAGCGACGACUGCGGGCGCGGUGGAGGGGCCGGGCGCGGGUGACGGGGCAACGCGGCGGCGCGGCGCGGCGCGGCGCAGAUCACCGAGCAGUGUGCCACGCAUAUUACGCACGAGCUGUACUGUUGUGAAACAUUAAAUACACUGCUGUAUUUACGUUCUACAUUAUUUGUGAAUACCUCCAACAGUUCAGAAUCGGGAUAUUCUUACGCCCAUAAGUUGUUUUUACCAUCAUGGGAAAGCGAUCUCGUUCGCGAUCGCGGGAGCGACGUCAUCGUACAUCAAAACAUCGGAAGCAUAAUGCGCUGGAGUCCCGUCUAGAAAACUUAGAGAAACGGUUGAACAAAGUGCUACAGCCGCUGGACUUGAAUUUAACGACGCGGGGGAGUUUUACACCGGUUCAACAAUCGAGUGAUACAACAAAUUUAGUGUUUACACCCCCAACAGUUCCAGAAACUUUUUCAGUAUCAGCAUGUCCAUUAGCACAAACAGGGUCGACGAUGUUGGUGGGUGGCGGCAAGCAUAAUGAAAAAUGCGACACGCCGGCGUCUACGCUACAACCGCCCGCGCCGCAAAAUUUGCACAGUGUACCUACUGCAAACAGCGCGACUUCUGUGGUUUGUUCGACAAGUCAAGGUCGGACAAGGCAGCACCAGUUAGGUCAGACUCCUAUGUUCAUGGCCAGCUCGGUCAAGCAUAUUCCGAGAAAACCAUCCUAGUUCAGUUUGGUCAAGACAACUUCAGUUCAUUUCAAUGUUGAUCGAUUAAAUAAUUUCUGUGUUCAACCCUGUAAUACGAGGUCGUAUUCUAGCUCAGGAUGGACGACUAUAAGAGGGGCCCGAACACCGGCCGAGCGCACCCGAGUAGCGACGACUGCGGGCGCGGUGGAGGGGCCGGGCGCGGGUGACGGGGCAACGCGGCGGCGCGGCGCGGCGCGGCGCAGAUCACCGAGCAGUGUGCCACGCAUAUUACGCACGAGCUGUACUGUUGUGAAACAUUAAAUACACUGCUGUAU